UUAUACCAUUUCUUAUACCUUAAUUGACCCUUGAACUAGGUGUACUGAGGAGUGGAUACUCGAGUUAUUAUCAAAAACAACCAACCAAAACUCCAACUCUUGGGAGAUACACGCUUUUUUAUUCAAAAACACCAAAUUCUACUAAAAUAACAAUUUAGCCUCAUAAACAAUUAAGUGAGGAACUAAAAAAAGCGUUACAUUAAACACCAUGACAUGAACAAACAUGUACAACCUUGCGGGUAGUCUCAGAGUUCCUCAACAAAUUCACAUGUUACAACUUAUUUAUUUGUACCCUUGUCUUUCACCUCACUGGUGUUCACACAACAUGCAUGGCGGAUCCAGACCUUGAAAUAAGGAGGGGGGGGGGGAGGGAGCAGUCUCCAAAAAAUUUUUUUCAGCCCUUUGGACCUCAGUAUGUUCUAAAAAUAGAGGGGGGGCUCCCCUGGAUCCGCCACUGUACAUCAGUAGCAACAUAGUUGACUUAAACAUGAUUAACCCCACCCUGCCAGCACAGCCUCCUUUUGUUUCCCCUUGAUGGAGGAGGAGACAAGCAGGCUUGGGUCAAGCCUUUGAAGUUGCCACAGCCCAAACUUCUGGACUAGUCAAUCUUGUUUUCUCUUGACAAACUGGUUUUUGAUUGCAAGCAUCCAUUUAUAAAAACUGAUGGUCAUAACUGCGAGACCGCGGUACUAAGCACACACAGCUAUUAUUCCUGGCUUCAAAAUUUUAUCCUAGCAAUGGAAGCUGUGUAUGCUCUACAAAGUUCUUACUCAACUCAUGCCGAGUCCUUCUCAACUUUGCCAAAAUUAGGCACUCUGCUGGCAGGGUGAUUAACCCUUACUCUAGCUGGACUUAUAGUCACCACCAAGGCUUGUUUAACAGCUACACUACCCAAUUUGUAAUGGUAACAGGACUGAGUGGAGUCCAAUUCAGUCUGUAACCAUACGAGGGAUUAAUCACGAGUAUGAUUACAGACCGAAUUGGACGACACGAAGUUCUGUUACCAAUUAAUCAUAACUUUCACAAAAUUUGUGGUAUAAUAGGCUAUUUUUUAAAUGAAAACACAAGAAAUUCGACAUUUUGUUUUGCUAGUAGUGGAAAAAAAAGCCAUUAAAGCGCGCGCGUGAUGGUGCGUACUGUCCAUUUACUUAGGCAUGACGCGAACUGUCCUAUUAAACUGUCCAAUAAAGGCUGAAAUCAGGGCAGUUGGUAGCCAAUCAGAUUUAUGAUGUAAAACUCUCAAUGACACAUUUUUUCAUUUACUUUAUUAUUACUUAUAUGGUAGAAGGCCAUUUUUAAAGAUACUCUAGACAAACCUGAGCUUCCAAUAUGAACCAAUAUGGAAGACGCUGAGUUAUGUCUCUAUUGUAGAAAAGUAUAAUUUUCUUAAGAAGUUCUGUCACCAUCAUUUAAGUAUCAUGUACAUCCAGAAAAUCUAGCUCUAUCCAAUGUUAUCUUUCGGAUCUGAAAAGCUCAAUGGCUGUAACAUGCCAUUGCCUAACAAAUAAUAAUUGAACACAAAAAUAUAUCCCUGUUUACUGUAAGCAUACUGGAUCCACAACUGACCUACAACACCUGUAAGGAAUGCUUCGAUAUUGAUCCCAGAUUCUUAAAUGGAAAUGGAUGCAAUUUAAUUGUUGUUUUACAUAACAAUCAAACAUAAUCUCCGACAGAUACAACUCACACAUGAACAAAUUGAUCCCAGCAGCUUUAUAAAAUCCAGGGAAUUUUUAUAUGCAGAGGUAAAAUUAAUAAUGAUCACGUAGACUAACUUUGAAAAACUUUGAAAUCUUGAAGAUUGUUAAGGACACGUAACUGCUCUUGCGAGGUAUGCCAUUUUUUGGUUUUGUUUUGUUCUUUAUCUCCGAAGAACUCCAGUUAACAAGAAUUACUGCUGCAUUUGCCAGAUUUUUGUGUCAACAAAAUCAAUAACUGAGUAAAUUACCAUGGUUUAAUCUACUUUCCCCUCAAAGUAUGCAGCCACAUGUUGCUUUACUGCUUCUUUUAAAUCUUGAUCCUUACAAUCAUUUUUUUUCUCUCUACCAUUACUAUAACGGUGAAGUAAUAAUUGGAUAAGUAACAUAAAAGAAGAAACAGCAGGAAGAACCUUACUGUUAGGCACUUUGGUUGAUGUUGACACCAACACCAUAAAAAUAAGACCACCCACUGAAAUCAAUAAGGUUACAAUCAGCUCUCUUACACUCUUUGACAAAGGUAUCACUUUUCUAUGCACAAAAUCUACAAGGUCUUUUGGGAAGUAGGUAUGUCCAUCUCCUUUCUGCAGCUGGUACUGCUUCAGUCUCAUGGGAUGAUUUUUAGUGCAAAUGGUAGAAAUCAUCUUGUCAAGUUUAGCAUACCUUUCAGUAAAGGCACUGUAUUGGUCCCACAAAAUCACCCAAAACAAAGUAAUAAUGGCAUAAGUACUUACUGUUUCUAAAGGAUAAUUUACACCGGCUAUGAAAAGGCUUGUUACUGCUACCACCAAUGCCUUAGAACAGCAAACUGAUAAAUAUAUUGCCCACACAAUUGAGAAAAAAAUGAAUAUAAACUCCAAGAAAAGGCACCAAAACUGUUUGGAUCUUUUCCCUUCAAACCAUUGGGAUGAAAACCACACUCUUCCAUAACAAAAAGAGAUGAUGGGACAGGAAAGUCCAAAAUCUAACACACAUAAAAUCAAGAAAAAAAUCAAGAAAGGUAUAAAAAGAACUACAUAAAUUAUGAAAGUUUUCAGUACCCAGCAUUUUUUACUAUCAUCAUUGGAUUGUGAGCAAAAUCUUGAAAACAUACGAUGAAAGGCAUCCUUGACAUCUUUCCAGUUUUUCUCUAGAAUAUCUGGCUGGCUAUCUACAUGGUAUUUAAUGUUCGAGAAAACGUGAAACUCACGCUGUUUGGAACAAUGCACUUUUUUACAUUCAUCACAUACUGUAAAUUGCAGACAGUUAAGGGGAAUAAACUGGGUAACGUAAUUCCUACCAAUGAAGCACAAAAGAUGCUUUCUACAUGAAAAACAUGGUACACAAUCAAUAUUUUCCAAAGACUGAAAAAUACAAAGGCCUAAAAUUCUGAAGCAAUAAAAAAACAACAGCAUUAGCGAAUAUGGGUACUCGUACACAAACAGCAACACAGACUUUGUCAUGGAUGCUGAUGGCAAGCUGGGGGUAGCAACUUUUAACACUAAUCCUGGUAACAAAACAAACGCUAUAUCAACCAAUAAGAAAAUAAAAACUGGGGCAGUGAACAUAAAAGCAAAAUUUAUCAGCUUAUAUCUAAGAAGUUUUGUGGCAACAAAACUUCUCAAACCUACUGGACUGGGUCCCCCACCAAAGUGUAUCACGUAAACUGACUUGUUUCUUUCACUGUUCUGUCUAUUACUGACAUGAUGCUUGAAUGAGGUGACAGCCUCUGCCUUGGAUACAGUACUUUCCAUUUGCAAAAUACUAUGCUGCAAUCCAGAAGGCUCUACUGUAUGACCUGCAUUUCUGUUUGUAUUGAAGCCACCACUUCCUUCUGUUUCUGGUAAUGAUUGAAUAAUUGAAUCUACCUCAGAAUAAUCAUCAAAGUCAUCCAGACUACCUGAAUUAACAGGGUUUUGGUCAAGCCAGUCUUUUACAAAAUAGUCUUGCUCUGUUGGUUGUGGUUGCCGUGAAGGUUUGGCUUCUACUUCCACUAAAGACAUUCCAUCAUUUUCUGAUUCACUCUCUGGAUGAAUUGCAGUAACAGGGACCUCUGAAAUCUCUUUUGUGCUGAUGUUUGGAAGAAAAAGUGUCAAAAAAUAUGUGCUGUAUAAAGUGCAAAAUAUCCAAAGCACGUGUCUCAGUAUUGAAACUGUAGUAUACUGCAAUCCUUCAAAUUGCUGAAAGAAUUGAAUGUUUGUGGCAGUUUCAUCUCGUUCCGUAAAACUUGCGGAAACAGUGAAGAUAUUCUCCGACCAAAUGUAGCUCAGAAAAGGUUUAAAGUUUUUACUGAAAUUGGAAGCUUCUUUCGUGAUGUAAAAAUAUGGAGAAUAGAGUGCUUCGAGUCCGUUUGCAGUUCCGUUGGAUUCGUUCGAUGUUUGGCCACACUUUUGUCGACAAACACAAGAAAUGUUGCCAUCCUGUUCCCAGUAGUCAAGUGAAAAUGGAAAUAAUGGAAGGUUACUCAAGAUUGCUGACGUCAGGAGACUAAAGUCAUUCGAACUUGCGAUGGAAGCUUCUUGCUUGGUGUAAAUCCACACUUUUAUCCAUUCGCUAGUGUUCGCUUCGUUGGUGAAACGCGCGCACUCUUGUUCGACGCGUUUGUUCAACAGAAAUUUAGCUCUCAGGUGUCUUGUAUUUGAAAACACUGUUCCCCAGGGAUGAGCGUUUACAAUCUCGCAAGCCCAACUACAAUAACCUUUUACUAGGGAAUCCUCUGUUUUUCCUACCAUGGCCAGAAACAUUAAAAGGCCAACGUAUUCCAAAUUCGGAGACAUCCUUACUCAAUCCUGAAUUGAAUUGAUGAAAACACUUACUGUCAGUGAAAGUACUCUACCUUCCUGAUGCCUGCUGGGAACGUGCCGUAAUUAGCUAUUACUUCCGGGUGUCUGUAAGAGGUGGACCGGACACCAAAAAGCCAUGAAGUUGGUCGCGGAUGACGGAUGCGGAUGGUGGAUGCGGAUGGAAAAAAGCGGAUAGAAAAAAGCGGAAAGAAAAAAUUGCAGAUAAUAACAAGACAAAGUAAACGUAUCACUAUAUUGGCUAUAUAAAUUGUGCUACUAAAGCAUGUUUUUUUCGUUCAAUUAUGGUUCUGUUAUAUUUAAAUCCUGAUUAGUCUCGCUUUCGUAAGCAGCGAGACUCAUAAUCUGUAACGCGUUUUUCACCCCGUGGGGGUAGUCUCUCAUAUAGGCUAUAUAGGUAUGUGCCGCGCCAAAGGGUAUGGUUUUUUUAGCUGUUUUGGUCUGAAAUAACGUAUCAAUUUCGACCAUUUUUGUAUAGGUAAUCACAUGAUUUCGAGUGCAAUUUGGAAUAAAUAAGCACGAGUAAAUUUUUCAAAGACUAACAAAAGUGCACGAGCCCGUAGGGCGAGUGCACUUUGUGGUCUUUGAAAAAUUUACAAGUGCUUAUUUAUUCCAAAUUGCACGAGAAAAAUCAUGUGAUUACUUAUUAAUAACAUACACGAAAAACAUAACUACGACAACAAAUUUUGACAGCGCGCGCGUUUUUAGUUCAUUCAACUGAUUGGCUGAAACAGACUACUACCUUUGUCAAAUUCAAACUUUUUCAAGACCAACGCUUUCAAAAUCAUUCAGCUAAGAACUUGGAAAUGUGCACGGAUUUUUUUAUAUGAUCACCAGCCUGUUAAAGAUAACUUGGUUUACAACAAUCAGCAAAAGUAAGUGUUUUUAAAUUCAUCCUCGAUUAUGAGAGCUCGGCGUUUACAAGAAGCGUUUUCAAGAAGUAUACUGCCGUUUUUAAAUCAGGAGAACGCUUCGAGCAGCCAAAGAUGAAAGACACUUGCUAAGGAUUUUUAACGACUGUUUAUCAUUGUCUGUUCCUGAGACCCCAUCAUAGCUGGAUUCAUGGACAAAUUUUUGAGAUUUAAAACCCGAAAAUGAAGGAGGCAAUUUGUUUUCUUUCGACGCUACCAUCGAUGGGUGAGUGGAGCCACAGUUGUUGUGAUGUCGGAAACUGUCAGUAUUAAUAUAAUAUUUGCUUUUUCUCAGCGCUGGAGUUUUCAUUAUUUUAUUUGGGCUAAUGCAAGAUUCAUCGUAGCUCUUCUUCGUCGGCUUCAUCGUAGUCGUUAAGGAAAUUUAUACCUCUGUGGCCUGUGACACUGAGGAUAUGUUCUGAACUUACAAUCUUUGCUUUCUUCACCUGACUGCAUGUUGUUUUUCUUGCACAAUGAUUCGUAAACUUUUUUCUCACUUUCUUUAAGGCUAGUACCAGCUACGGAUACUUUUCAUUGGGUGAGUUGUGGUAUUUUCACCCAUUGGUUUAGUUUGGACCAGAAGUUUAAAUUUUCAGUUUCGUUUGCUACCGAGGUAGGAAAAAAACAGACCAUCACAUAGAUGUUUUAAUAGAGGUCUUCGCUCCACAAAAGACUCAAAGAGAGCAACAAAUAACGUACAUGACUUGAAAUCCCUGUUGUUAUCAUCGAAUAAUCCUUUUUCGUUUAAAUGCCUGAAGAGUGUAGCUGUCAUGGUUUGCGUGUGGUUGCAACUGUUUUUGUUCUUUAUUUUUUUUUACUUUAGCGUAGUCUGUUAUGAGUAGCUUUUUUUUUAGUUUCUCUGGCUCAUUUUCCUCGAUUUUGUCGACAGUAUUUUUCUCUUAGCAACGCAUUUUCAAUACAUUUAGCGAGAAAGACGUACUUUUUACCGUGUUCGGGUUUUUUUGGAAUAUUUUUUUUAACUUUUCUAUUGUUGUUUUGCUUACAAAAUUUAAUCCCGUCGUCGUCUGCUGAAAACCAUGGCCAUUUUCUUGAAUCUGUGUUGUUAAACAGCUCUAAUCUGAUUGGUUCGUGUUGGUUUCUUUUGUGUUUUCGGCCAAUCAGAAAGCAUUUGUAAUUUGCACUCGUGUUACAAGUUUGCACUCGUGUUACACAUUUUGCACUCGUGUUACAGAAGAGCUGCACUCCUUUCUCAGCCAAUCAGAAUUGAGUAUUUUUUUCGUGCAUGUUAUUAGGUAUGAAAUAGGGUUUGGUUUGUGCACUCUGGUCUUGAAUUGGGUAUGUUUUUUUAGACGAAUUAGCUACUUCUUCAUGAAUUGGUGAUAAGACCAUUUCCCUUUUAAUGUUUACGCCAACUGCCGUGUAGACUGUUCACAGUCCCCUUUUUUUUCGUGAGAUCGUCGAGAUCUAUAGCGCGUCUUCCCGUAAAUGGCUACCAUCUUGAUUUUCAAAUGUACCGAAAGGGCGGGCCUCGGGGAUUAUAGAUGUAGCCCUCGAUUUCGACCAUCUUACGGAAACAUAGAGGACUGUGAACAGUCUAACUGACGUGUACGUGCCGUAACAGCUUGUCACGCGCCCGGCUCCAGGGCUUCAGGUCUGAAAUAGGGUAUCAAAUGUUUGAUCAGGUCUAAAAUAGGGUAGGGAAAAUCACAGAUUUUGGCCUGAAAUAGGGUAAGGGUUUCUGGAAGCGUGCCGCACACCCCCACCCAAUUUUUCUGGAAGUACCCCCCCCGGAAUUUUUGGUCGUAUUUAGGACACAAAAGGGUUGUGCCAGGCGUUCCUUCUGACCCCGUGGAAACUGGGACUAAGAAUCGUUGCGUGAUCUAAGCCACGCAUUUUUUGCGAAGAAAGCUUAGGAAAGAUUAAAUUUAGAGCUUUUCCGAAACGCGUUGGUCCACGAAUUCUAUCGCUUGAAAGCGUUCAUUACUUUGGAACAAGUGAACACUACUGAGACGUCUACUGAGUGGUCGAAAAAAAGUAAGAGUCUGAAUUAACAAAAUCGCGAUGGUCGGAUGUGGUAAACUUUCACUGUGUGCAAAAGGAAUAGACCUAUUCGGCUAACUAAAGGUUGUACCCAAUUCAAACCCUUUGGGGAUAAAACGUUUUGUUUCAGGAAUUUCCAUAUCAUUUAAAUGUGAAUGCAACAUUAUGAUGCAAAUACAGUACACAAAGAAUCUUGAGCCCGGGAGAUUUGAAUUGGGUACAACAUUGAGUUAGCCGAAUUGGCCACUCCAGAAAAUACCAUAACAUACCAUAAUGCUUUUUGAUUGUCGCCCCAAAGUUUUGCAUAAGCAUUGUCUUUAGUUUCUCUUGGGAGUUAAAAUGGCCCCAAGAGAAACUGAAAACAAUGCUUAUGCAAAAUUUUGGGGUGACAAACAAAGAACAUUAUGGUAUGUUAUGGUAUUUCUGGAGUGGUCAAUAGGUCUAUCUUGUGAUGAGCAUGCGGUUUAUUUUCGGCGAUGAUUGAAAUGACGUGCCAUGUAAAUCACUUUUUUGAUCUCUGGCAAUGAUGUAAUUUCUCUGGAAUCGAGGCCCUUGAAUUUUUGUGUAUUUAUACACGCGUAUAGCCUGCUACCCCAGAGGUAUUUCUGGUCGUCGUUAACACGCGUACUAAAUCAAUCCAGAAACAAACAAAAAGUAUCGACGUCGAUAAAGUGGGAAGUAAAAAACCUUUAACGAGUAAAUCAUGUUUCUUGUAGAAUUAAUCGCCUUCUCAUUUCUCGAUCUAAUCUCCAAGCAGGCGAGACCGACAAACGUUGUAAGCGCGUUCUCGUUAUAAAUAUAGAUGUUUUUCACAGUGACGUCAUCAAAUUGUAAAGUCAAAAUAGCGAGGUUUUACGAAUUCUUAUAUCCAACUAAUAGAUCGUUUUCACUGUCACACACACACACACAAAAAAUAAAUUGGAAACCGUCCAGCGGAAGAAGCCAAGAAAAUGAAAGUCUCAUGUCUUUGUGGCCCACAGUUUCUGAGUUAUUUGCCGAAACGUUUCAUGCACCUUUGUAGAGCUUUGUAUGGAGACGCCAUAUUGGUGUACCGUUUUGGUGCACCAAUAUGGCCGCUGGAAAUCAAUAAAAAAAAUCUGGAGUUCACUUUUUCUAUAAAAGCUCUUUCUUUUCACUCGAAAACUAGCAUACGUGCACAUAAACACAGUCCAAUACUUGAAAUGGUUAUACUGCUGAAAAUCAAAAGGAGAGACUUUUUCAACGAGACAGCAUUCCUAUUUUGGUGUCGCGCACUUUGAAAACUGGGAAGUUCAAAUUGCUGUAUUUUCGAUAUGGAACAUGCUACGGGACUGAAAACUGGUACAAACAUUUAUUUUUUGUUUAUCUUCAACCUAGUGUAAAUAAGAAUUCGUAAAACCUCGCUAUUUUGAAUGUACAAUUUGAUGACGUCAUUGUGAAAACCAUCUAUAGCGAUAACCUCAUGAUCCUUCUACGUGCGUCGUAAUAGAGUACUAAAGUGUGACGUCAUAAAAAUGAGAUUUCUGAAAUUAUGGGAUUUGUCAGGAUAUUCUGAAAGAACAAUGUCUAAGAUAGUCUGCUACACAGCCGUUUUUAGUGUCGUCACGCAAUGCUCCUCCCCACAAACGGCUGCUGAAAACCGAACUACAUUCCUUUCCCUUUGUGUUUGUGGUCUAACGAACAAACCAAUCACGUACAAGAAAUUUGACAGUACGUGAGCCGCAGUGCGCCAGGAAGCGAGCACGCUUCUCAGUUUUCGACAAAUCAAUCAAUCGUCGCUGAAUUUAGACGGGCUCUGUGUUUUCAAGCAGCGAAAAGGUUAAUUUGCAAAAAAGUUUGUUUUAAGCGGUCAAGAAAGUUCCAAGUGAAAAAAAGGUUUGAUAGGCCUAGAAGACUUUUACCUGGAUCGGUUGGUUCUUCAUUUAACGUUUAUAUGUGCUGAUAUAUAGUGAAGAAUUUAAUGUACCGGAUGUGCUCAUUGUGUUCCUGUGAAGACUAAACUCUCAAGGGUACUGAUUCAAAAAGCAAUCUUAUAAAUUAUCGAUGGGCGAUUUCUCGAAACUAUGCCUGGCAACUUUAUGAGCACAUCCGCAUGUUGCACAUCGAAAUUUGCUUGACUUGCUUGCUGUUGCUGCUUAUCUCCUAAAUUUUGAAUAGGAGCCGACUACGACAACAAUGUAGUUAAUUGCUUGUUUUCACGCGACGAUUUUGAUUAUUCUGUCAUUCACACAUGGGGCAACGAUAAAAGCAAAGCUGUGAUUGGAGAAGUCACAGUACCGCAAAGGUGGCGCGAACACUUUCCAGAAAAUGGGAGCUGAAUUAUAAUUGGCUAAUCACGGGAAAGGAAUGUAGUUCGGUUUUCAGCAGCCGUUAGUGGGGAGGAGCGUUGCGUGACGACACUAAAAACGGCUGUGUCCAAGAGGCCGACUUGCCAAAAAUGAGCAUUUUUGGGGGGGUCGACCCCAAAAGAAUUUAGAAGGGUUUGUAUGGAGUUUUCUAAGCAUAACUGGGCUACGAUCUCAGCGACAAUUUGCCCCGAAAUGCUCAUUUUUGGCAAGUAGGCCUCUUGGACAUUGCUCUUUCAGAAUAUCCUGGCAAAUCCCAUAAUUUCAGAAAUUUCAUUUUUAUGACGUCAUCACUUUAGUACUCUAUGGCUACCUGUAAACAGUGUAUGAAUGUAUGUAACGAAUAAAAAAUGGUCAUCUGGUGUAGACAUGGUUAAAAUCUUUAUAAAGGCUUGUUAAGAAGCAGUUUGAUUUUUUUUUCUCAUUUGUAAUAAUUAAACACCUUUAUGUUUGGUUGCUGCGUCCCCGAUAGACGAGAGCUGUCCAAAUGAUCCGAAUAUCAUAUAUUUUCGAUCCGAAUUCUUCCUGUCACGUUUUUAAUGACGAGUUUUAGAUUGCUCGAUACAGACGUUAUAAUAAAUGGAAAAGGACAUGUCUUGGAAACUAUUUUGUUGGAAGAAAAAUUAAAAACAAAUGAAACAGAAAGUAGCCUUCAUUAAUGCGUUUCACUAAGGACACUAUUUUUGCUGGAGUUUGAUUUUUAGGAUGCUUUAAGAUUAGGCGAUUUUUUUUUGGCACCUUUUAGAGAAAUAACUUUUGCAAUUAAUCACGUUUUAUCAAGUCUGUUUUUUUUUUCUUUUCAAUGGGCAGUUAUAUAGCCUGAAAUUCAUCCGAUUGCUUCGAGUCGUUUUCUCCUCUCAACAACGUCUGAAUCGACCGGCCGUUAAUGCCGUCCAGUGACGUCACUCACUACCUGAAAACCGGGUAGUGAUUUUGAUUGGUUGAUUGUCUAAACAUUCGCAUAAUUAUCUAUAAUUAUGAAAAAUUUUAGCGGGAUUGUCGCUUGAUAUUCAGCGGAUCGCAUCCCUGGCAUUCUUUCGUGUAGUUCAAACAUUUCGAUAAGCUUAAUCUUUAUCUUAAACAGCAAAAUUGCCCUUGUCUUCGAAACUGAAAUGCUAAAUCGAGCUGCGAAUGAAGGAUCAUUGUGGGGAGUCGGUAGGUUUUUCAUUUGGAGCCGCUUUGUGGUUUCGGCGGCCGGUGAUUUUGUUUACGCGAAGUUUUCUGAGUUCAAUAUUAUAAUUUGACCUUCUUGCUAUUUUUACAAGUGUAAUGAUUCUGUUAGCUUUUCUUUCUUGUUUCCUUGUUUUUUCUUCGUUAAGGACCAAAUAGCUUCUUUUCAAUUAAAGCAAAUCAUUGUGUUUUUGAACUAAGGGUGCGUUUCUUUAAAAAAAUCCAAAUCCGGAUUCUUGAAUCCAAAAACGGAUUUUGCGUUUCUUUAAUAAAAUCCAAAAAUGGAUUUUGAAUCUAUAGAAUCCACACUCCGAGUGGAUUCAUUAGAUCAAAUCUAAAUCCGGAUUUUUAGGAUUCAUGAUCCGUGCGUUUCUUUAUUGCACGGAUACAAAAAGCAGUACGUUUGGCAAGCGGUCGUCUUCUUAAAAUCCGCCACAUUCCCGCCAUUUUGUUGUAAAUAUUAGCUGCUGCCGGCCAUGGCGAAUAAACAAGGUGAGUUUUUGUGUAGUUUCACCGAAAUUUUCCGUCCUGUACGUAUUUUUAUAAAUUUUCCGGAUGUUUGAUGCGUCUUGGCAUCUUUUAUUUCUAUCUACAGGACAAUAUUGGACGCACAGUUUAUCUGCAGGUGAAUAUCCAGAAUAUCAGUGGAACGAAAGCCACGUUCAACCGGGCAUUCAACCUUAUCUUCCUCAGUUCAUGUUUCCACCACCGCAGGCAUCACAGUUCAGCCAUGAAACAGUCAGAUCAGUAUCACCUCAGCCUGGUCCAAGUUUUUCUUCUUUGGAAACAGCUGCAGCCACGUUCAGUCAGUCGAGUGAAGGCACCGAAGGCGAAUCGAGAGCUCUUGUACGCUGGUCUAGAGCUGAUGUGCUGUUGUUAAUUUCCUGCUAUGUCGAACGCACAGAACGAUUUAAAGAUAUAAACAAAAAGAACAAGUCCCUGUGGGAAGAAAUCAGCGAAGAAUUAAAGAAGAACGGAGUGUUCUUUAAUGCCAAGGCGUGUGAGACGAAAUUGAAAAAUCUGAAGAGAAGUUAUGUUGCUUGUGUUGAUCACAACAAAGUCUGCGGAAAUGACCGAAAGAAAUGCAACUUCUAUGACGAACUUCACGAAAUAUUUUCGAAAGAUGAUGCCAUCGCUCCAAAAACAUUGUGCAGCAACAUUGAUGGUAAACGGAGCAAAGAUGCAGUCAAGAGUGUUAAAAAUUCCAGUUCCACAUUGAGUUCCACAGGUAGUGACACAGAGGAGCCUGUGGUUACAAAAGCAAAGAAAAAGAAGUUACCAGAGCGGAAGAAAAGAGAAGACCUCGUUAGGCUCUUUAAGGAAUUUACACAAGACAGGAAAGAGGAAGAAAAGGAAAAGAUUAAAAAGUUUGAAAAUAUGCACAAUGAACGCAUGGCACUCAUGGGCCGAUUUUUGAAUGUUUUUGAAAAAUCAUUGAACAAAGAGUAACCUUGAUUCCAUAAUUUUUUAUUGUGUUGCAGAACAUGGGAUUAUUUGACCACAAACAUGAACAUAGAUACAGUAAACCUGAGUUUGUUGUCAGUAUUGAGUUAUCUAAAAGUUUAUUAUAUCAUACAUGUUAACAGUAUUAUUGCAAGUUGUAUGUUUUUUUUAUCACAUACAUACAAGGAACUACAACAGCAACAUUAGGUGAGAGGGCCUAACUAAACUGGUUUUGAUAUUAUUUAUAUCCUUUACUUUUUUUAGCCUGAUUCUCAGAUGCUUCAGAUCACUUGUGUCACACACUUCCUCCUUUCUGUGCGUGACACAAGCAACCUGGACUGUCAGAGUAUUAGGCUGUUACAUUUGUGUUGAAAGUUUACAUUUCAAGCAACACCAUAAAUGUUUCAGGUAGUAUAAAGUGAUCCAUGUACAUGGCUCUACUAUUUUCUUAUAUACUUUUAAAAACAAAUAAAAUAUUGAUAUUUAUAGCAAAAAGACUAUUAUACAGUAUAAACUUUAUGAGUGACAUACACCACCUAUGAAAGAAGUGUUCAUGAAAACACCACAGUACAAAAGGUAUCAAUACAUAAACCACUUAUAAAUGCUAGGUUUAUGGGAUCAGUCUCAUUAUCAUGUUUCUCUUAUCAACUGCUCCUACACCUGGUGGAAAGAUGUCAUCAUCAUUGUCAUCAUUGUCAUCAUCAUCAUUAGAGUCAUCUAAAAAAUCAUCGAUGUCAUCUUCAAUAAUGCAAAUGUUGUGUAAGAUGCAAGAGGAUACAAUAAUUUCCGGUAUGUCCUCAAUUUUGUCAACAUCCAUCAUUGUUUUUAGCUUCCUAAACCUGUUCUUAAAAAGCCCUAUGGACCUCUCAACCACCAUUCUGGUGGAACUGUGGGCAGUAUUGUAACGUCUUUGUUGAGCAGUCAAACGUCCGUUGUCUCGAAAUGGGGUCAACAGCCACCUCUUCAAGGGAUAUGCUGCGUCUCCCAAAAUGUGGGAGUUGCCAGGAAAAUAAUUGUCUGGGUUCACUUCAACUUCUCGGCAGAUCGGAGAAUUACGAAACACGCGAGCAUCGUGUACUGAACCAGGGUAACCACAGAAAACAUCGGUUAUGAAUAAAUCCGGGUCACAAAUGACUUGUAGUUGGACGGAAAAGAAACCUUUGCGAUUUAUGUAUUGUUCAUGAUUGUUAUGUGGUGCUUUGAUUGGUAUGUGGGUGCCAUCAAUAGCCCCCAAAACACCCGGAAAACCCUUUUUCUCUUCAAAGGCCUCCAUCACCGCUUGGGCUUUUAGACCAGUUGGAAACUUGAUAAACUCAUCCAUUAAGUUCCUCACUAUUGCUUUGCAAACUCGUCUGUAGACUCUGUACGCAGUUGCCCUGCAAACAUCAAAUCGAUCGGCAACAGAGCGUAAACAUUCUGGAUUCCCAAGAAUCCACAGCGUAAUAAGGAUUUGCUUUCUUAACUCGACCGGUGGUCUUCCUCUAUCGCCGGUGUAUUGAGGUAAGUCGCCGUGGACCGAAAGCAAAUGUUCGAGAACUGUAACUGUAUGCCGUGACAUGCGGAAGUGACUUCGGAAGUCCUCCGGUAUGUAACUAGGUACGGUUAUUUCGUAAAAAUUCUUUGUGCGAACGUGUUCUUUUCGGACGAGCUGUCCGGCCGCCAAAAGGAAUAAAACUGCUUCGUCAUCGGCUCCUAAAAGAACCUGUUGUUGUUCAAGGUCAUCGGCAAGGACUUCUUCGAACAGUUCAAACAUCAAACCAAAACUUUCCGCCAUUUUGAAAACUCCCCCCAAAACACGCGAACUGCAUGCUGGGGUCGUUACGGCUAAUUGAAAAAAAAAUCCAUUUUCGGAUUUUUCGUGUCUUUAAAAAUAACGAAUCCGCAUGAUCUCGGAUUAAGAAUCCAAUCUUGGAUUUUUUUAAAGAAACGCACCCUAAGUGUUCCGUGUGUGUGUUUAUUUCAUUGCGUGAUUGCGACCGAGUUUGAUUCAGAUUAUAGAAUUCAGUACAACCGGUUCAGAGUUGUACUGCAUGCAGUUGAUAGUUUGAACGUUAAACAUGAAUUACGAUCGAAAAAAAUAAAGCAAUUCUGUAUCAUGCAGACAUUUCCAAACGAUAUUUCUCGGUUUGCCACUUGAAAAUCGUGUUUUACUUUUUGCAUGAAUUAAAGCAAAGGUCAAGGAGUAGUGACGUCACUGGACGGCAUUAACGGCAGGUCGAUUCAGACGUUACUGAGGGAGUAAUAACGACUCGAAGUAAUCGGAUGAAAUUCAGGCUACAGUUUAUAAAUUUUACAGUUUCAAAAUUCCAAUUCAUAAUUCGUGCACUUACAAAUUCCCAAAAGGUAGAACUGAACUGAAAUGUACACGAUAGGCGGAGUUGAUUGGCAUCCGCCAAAUCGGAAAGUUACGUACUUACGUUCCGCCUUUUUGCUUUUUGAUGCUGCAGUUUUUUGUAUCAGGGCGCUCAAACAAAUAAUUCUCGAUUUGAUUGCCCUGAGAAUAUUUUCUCUUCUGUAAGUUGAGUACAAUAUAUUCAGCUAUGUACUCAAAGCAAAAGUGCACCAGAGCAUGUGUACUUUUAAGGAGGAGGAACGGAUCGUCCUUGUUUCUUUGACAUCAAUGAAAGGAAUUACAGCGUUCAAAGAGUUGAGAAAAAACUUGAGUAACCUGUGCCAACUAUUGACAACGCGUACUGUACAUUAAGGGCCCAACCAUACGACAGCGGCUUGAACGCCGGGCCUUGAUAGAAAGCUUUCUUUCCUUUUCUUUUUUGUUUCUUUAUUUAUUUUGUCAUCCGAAUUUCUCGUCUUAUUCUUUUUACUUUUUUGGCUAUCCGCAGUUUUUUCUUUCCGCAUUUUCCCAUCCGCAUCCACCAUUCGCAGUUGUCCGGUCCUCGUUUUACAGCAGACACAUCCAUUACUUCCUCUUUUCAUACAUGUACGUCAUACACAUCUUGUCAAUCGUUAUGUAGAGAUAAAAAAUAAGUGACUUAGUUUUAGCAGCAUUUUUAUGGCCUCCAGUUCAGAGGGAAUGCAACUAGGCAUUUGCCGAUUGUGCUAGUAAAAGUGGCAUAUUAUGCUAGUGGCAGUGCUCGUUUUUUGCCCAAAUUAUGCUCAAAUUAUGCUCGCUUUUCAAAAUUAUGCUACUUUUUUAAAAAAUUAUUCUGUGCACAAACUUCACAACUCAAAAGACAAGUUUGAAAAUGUAUUUUAUUAACCCUGGCCAGACGUUCUGGGCCCGGUUGUUCAAAACCUGGGUAACUUUAUCCGGUGGUUGGGCCUAUACGGCAAAUAAAUCUGCUAUCCAGGAACAAGUACCUGACAGCACUUCCUGGGCGCCAUAUCCGGGCAAGUUGUGCAGGCUUUGGUCUAUCCUCUCUGUUCUCGCAACCUUGUAAACUAUCUGGAUGUAAGUUCACUGCACUUGACUGGUUUGGCGUGGCGGCCGCCAUUUUGAAACGAGCACUGGGAGAAAGACUAAGGAGUCUGGGACCGAGACACAGACUUCCGGUUCCGUUUCAUCGAACUCCCGCGGUAUCUCAACACAAGUAAAAAAAAAUCGAAAAAUAGGAGUGGAAGCAACUGUUAAUAGUAAUCUAUCGUUUUUAGUAGCUGAGAUCUUCGUUUUCUUGAAUUAUUCUAAAAUUGUGCUAUUAAGACAAGAAAAUAUACGGAUUAUGCUAGCAGUGCUACUUUUGGAAAAAGGGCAAAAAUUAUGCUCAAUUCCUCAGAUUAUGCCAAAAAUUAUGCUAGCACAAUCGGCAAGAGCCUAAAUGCAACUUUGUGCUACAGUAGCUAAUUUAUGGGAUGGUAAGAGAAAGUCACCCUCCCAGCCCUCACAUGUCAGUUGACCAGCACCGUUACGUUGCUUGUGUACAAGUUCCUACGAUAAACUGUUUCAAGGUUUCGGCGAAAUUUUUUCGAAUAGUAGACCUUGUAAAAAAACAUUUCCUUUAUUUAAUAUCGUAAAGCCGAUAAGGAUGAUAAGAAAUAUUAAAGGGACGAGCCCUGCCAGUGUGAAAGAAGUUGUGAGGUUCACGGCUGUUGUGAGGUGACUGCGUACGCGACGGCUCUCCGAAGAGCGAAACGUGUAAAAGUAACACUUCUACUUGCAAUCGCUUGACUAAGUUUCUUACUUCUUUUUUUGCCUCCCCCCCUCGGGUUUUUGCCUUACAUGUUCACUCUUUCGACCUUUGUCUUUUCUUUCUCAGUUUCGCUCUGUCUUCUCUUUCUUUAUCCUCUCUCCGUUUUAUAGACCUUGCCACGGUUUUGGAAGCCAUCUUGACGAGUAGGCAACCGCGUGAGAACUUAGUGUUUGUAUGAGAAUCUAAUGUCAAUUAAUUUCCAUAAAACGGCUCUUCUGAAAAAAAUAUGAAUUGUAAACUAAAGCUACAAAGAGAAGGAUUGCACUAAAAAAUUUUCGGGGCGUACCUGUGCUUAAAUUUCUCCAGAGGCUUGCUUUAGAUUUCCCAUAUAUUUGUCUGGAAUUUUUCUCGGGACUUUCUUAUAGACAACUGUAUAGAAAAUUUUAAAAAGUGGUUCUAGAUCUUCUAGCGCUUGUACCCCCCCCCCUUAAUUUUUUUUCAGUGGAAUCUUUAGGAGUGGAGCUUUACUUUACAACUAAUUUUUUUCUUUUUUUCAAAACGGCCGUUUUACGGAAAUUAUUUGAGAUUAGAUUUUCAUACAAACACUGUAAUUUCUCACGCGGUUGCCUACUCGUCAACAUGGCUUCCAAAACCGUGACAAUGUCUAUUAUAGCCUGUAUUGUAUUAAGUUACAGCUUUUGAUCACGCAAAAAUACAUCCUUUUCAAUAUCUCAGCCUGGGGUUUAUUCUUAAAAUAAUCUUAAAAUUUUACAAAUUUCACCUCGAACGCAACCCCUAAUUUGUGUUGGGCGUUUUGUGCAUUAUUGGGUGACCUGUGCAAUUGAUAAGGGAGGUUUUUUCGAGAUUGUAUCUUAGUCGUCGUCGUCGUCGACACACAUUUGCCUCUCUUUGAGGCACUUGCUUACGUUUUGCCUCACUUUGACGCGCUAACUCACUUGGUGUCCUCGGCGUUCAUCUUUCAAACGUUUGCUGAGGUCUGCUAUUCUGUCUUCGUAAAACGUUCAUCUUUUAAAAGUGUGCUGAAUUUUCGUAAAGCGUACAUAUUUAAGAGUUUGCUGAAGGUCAACUAUCGAUCGGUGUUUAAUGAAUCUUCCAAAGCGUUCAUCUUUCAAAAGUGUGCUGAAAGUUUACACCCUGAGUAAAAUAUUACUUUCGAUUAAGCCUUCAUAUUUUUCUUUGGAAAAUGCGUGCUACUCCUGGUGCAUACAUCAAACCGGGUUGCUUAGCUCGGCGUCCGUUGUGCCACAAAGUUAUUUACCGGCGAGUUGUGAAGCUCAGCGUCUGUUGUGCCACAAAGUAAAUCUACUGAGUUAUGUAGCUAGGCAGCCGUAGUGCCACAGAGUAAAUCUACCGAAUUGUGUAGCUCGGCGGCCGUUAUUCCACAAAGUAAAUCUACCGAGAUGUUAAGCUCGGCGGCACCAUUUCAUCAUGAUGUGUGAUAUUUUCGGCACUGGACAAACGGACAUUUUAGCUAGGCAGGUACAAAAGUCGGGAGCCCCAUUCCGGGUCGGAUCAACUCAGAUCGAAUAAAAAAAUAAAAAUAAAAUAAAAUAAAAUUGGACUCGGAUCAUAAAAAAAUCAACUCGGAUCAUAAAAAGAAAAAUAAAAUCAGUCGGCGUCACGUACCUUUCACCCGCCAUUUUGUCUUUUUCUCACGAACUCGUGGUUGCGUAAAUUAAUUUUAUUUUUAUUAAUUUUAAUGAUACACUAGUGAGCAGCACACAUACACUUCCAGUGAACAUUUUCAACUUGGAAGGGGGAGAAACCAUCCUCGUUCGAGACAAAGGAAAUGAGAAUCGAACUCGCUACCCGGCUUCAUUUUGCCAACAAGUUGAUGAUUGGACGCUCCUAAAAAUAACUGAGGAAAUUAUCCACAGAAAUGUUUUUUUAACAAAAGAAAAAGAAACCCGGGUUAAGCGCUGAUCGGCCUUCGAACAACUGCGCCCAGUAGAACAUCUAUUGCGCCAGUAAAACAAAAAGGUCUUUUUACACGCCCGAAGCACUCUGGCCAGUGUCUCCUCAAAUAACAAGCACUUGAGACGAACCAUACGAUAUCGCGCUGAUCACAUAGCCUUCAAAACCUUUUCAUUAUGAUACACAGUUUAAAUCGAGGUUUCGCUGUAUGUAACCCUUACGUUCAAAAUAUGCCAUAAUUAUAGUUGUCUAUCGCAAGAACCAUCCACCCUUUCCCCUCCACUGCUACCUGUACGCCUAGCAAACAUAUCGAACGCACUCUCCUAAGCUCCGAUUACUCCUAGUCUUAUAAAAUAUAUUCUUAUAGAAAGGAGAGAGGGUACUGAAACUUCCUUUUCCCAAGGAAAAGCAAAUUGCCCUUUCCCCUCCCCAGGCCACUGCUCGGCUUUCUUCGCUCGCCGAUAUUUUUCCUAUUUGAACCCGUUAUUUGCCUUUUUGCUCGACUGCUGAGCCCCAGGCUAAAUCUCUUUUGGCUGGCUUUUUCGGAGUUGAAGCAUUCUGAGUGGAGAUACUUCAACAAACACGCGACUUCGAGUGUCAUUGUUUAUUUGAUUCUUUGGGCAUGUCCUAAGCCUUUUUUAAAUAUUAGUUCAAUUUACCUAAUGGCAUUCAUUAUUGACUUCUGUUGUCCCUGGGGUAAAUAGAUACCCGACAAUUUCUUACUAAAACUGAAGCGCAGAUGUUUUCUUUAACAGGUGUUCACUGGGGAAUUUCUGCGACGUAAGUGCUAAAACCACUUCUCCCUUUUUUUCAUCUCAUUUUUGCCUUACUUUCUCUUUGUUUAGAAAUUUAAUAACUUUCAUUCUGCUCUUAAUGGCCGAUUACUCGGAUCAAUUUGGGUUUCUGGGAAACUGCCCACCUUCCCCUCCCCUAAGCUAACAUUUUGUCCUAAGUGAGAAGUAAGUGAUAAUGUUGGCUUAGGGGAGGGGUAGGUGGGCAGUUUCCAGGAACUUAAAUUGACCCGAUUACUCUAUAUUUACAACGUAUUUUGAUUUAUUUUAGGACCAUUGUACUUGUUGCAGUUUUCUCGCAGUAUCUGAAGAACAUCGAAAUUCCUUUCCCUAGCUACUCAAGGGAAAAAGGAAUGCAUAUUACCAGAUUUCCUUUGUUUAGGUUGUUCCCGGUAAGUAGUAACAAUGAAUUACAAACCCUUUUGCUCACAAUCGAGACCAGCCUACGCAGAGACAACGUCUGUUUAGGAGGCUACUUCUCUAAACUAGCAACAAAGUCAAAAGCACAGAGUGAAAGAAAAUGAGUUCUAGAGACCAGCGAGAUAGAUAGAGACUUGACAGUUUGUAUUUAGCUAUUUCCGUACAUAACUGCGCAAAUUUCACUGCUUUGUUUAAAAAUCCAUACCUCCCUUGGAGAUUAAUUUUCUAUUACGGACGGGGGUGUGUGGAUAUUUUCUGGAACUACACAUCGUCAAAUUCAGUGAAAGCCUGUGGACGAGGUUGCACAAUUUUUCGAAAGAACUCUAAGAAGAAUCGUUUUUUUUCUUUCCUUUAUCAAUGUCCCCUAAGCAGAACCUUUCACAGAAAAAGUUCAGAUAACAAAGUUUGUAACGGCCGUUUCUUGCGUUCUAUAUUUUCUGCAGAUUUUGCUUGGAAUUGUAUUUUCUUGGAUUAUCAGUGCCAUUAUAACCGCAGCUGGCGGAUUUACAGAUGAUCCAAAAAAUCCGCAAUACCUUGCAAGAACAGAUGCUAGAAUAUAUGUUUUGGAAGAGGCAAAAUGGUUCAGAUUUCCUUAUCCAGGUUAGUAAAUUAGCUCCUUGCUCAACGAGUGACAAGUACAGCGUUCUUUUGGUGGCAAAUAUGUGAGGCGCUUUUUUGAUGCAAGGCCAGCAAGGCAGUGGCGAGUGGUAAAGACCAAGAAAAAAUGGAACAUAGUUGUCCCAUCUACUGACUUAUAUGUGACUCAGUUUUAAAAACUAGACAUAUUUAUAUCUUCAAAAAGCUGAAACAUGCGUUCGCAUUAAUUGAAUUCCAAAAAUAACGGUCCACCUGUGAACUGUUGCUACGGAUUGUAUAAGGAUAAAAGUGAACUAAAAUUUGAACAAACUGGGCCAAUUUUUUCAAGUUUCAGUUACAAUGAUAUACCUUCGAAAAUCAUCCCCAAACACUGAGUAAUAAUGGUUAGUGCAUCCUAAUAUAAUUUGACUGAUAUCUUCUUCGUAUUUUUAUAUGAGCAUAAUUAUACAUGGGUAAAGCCAUUUAGUAGUGACUUUGGUCAGAAGUGACGUAAAAGAGCAAUAGCCUCGUGACGUGGUCCUUUUUAGUUCUUUAUUGAAAGCGAAGUCCUGAAAGCGUGAGUUCAAAAGAUGAUUUUAUGGCUGCUAUUCCACUCCCUUGAAUAUCUUUCUAUUUUAUGGCUAUGCGGUAACUAAAAAAAGGGUAAACAAACUAAACAAGAAGGACGACAGGAUAAGUUGAAAUAUUUCAUAAAAUUAUGAAUGAAUUUGUCUGAUUUUUUUUCUGUGUUAUUUUGACGUACGUUAUCAGAUUCUAGCGUAUUUUUCACUUGUUGUCAUAGGUCAAUGGGGAACUCCCACAAUAAGUGCUGCAAGCGUGUUUGGAAUGCUGGCAGGAGUACUAGCUUCCAUGAUAGAGUCAGUUGGUGACUAUUACGCCUGCGCACGACUUUCUGGCGCUCCUCCGCCUCCAAGACACGCUAUAAAUAGAGGCAUUGGUAUGGAGGGUAUUGGGUGUCUACUGGCGGGGGCCUGGGGUAGCGGGAAUGGAACCACGUCUUACAGUGAAAACAUAGGAGCGAUUGGUAUCACGAAGGUAUGUAUAAGUUCAUGUGUCUUUGCCCUUUCUUGUUACACGAAACGAAUGCCUUUAUACAGCCUUUUCAUUCACGCGGCAGAGAAAGAAUUUACAUAAGAAAAGAGCUCUACUCCAACAGGAUUUGUUUGGACCACCGACAUGGGCGCCAUGAUUUCAUGUGAAAACGCUCUAUGCCUGAUGUAGCAAGGUUAAGAAUUCGGCUGAACUUUUCGUGGCCUAAAUGGUGGAUAACCUGUGGAUUAUUAGGGAAGUGAACAUUUUUAGAGCCCUUUACGCCAUUCAGUCGAAGCUUUAUGUAUCAGCCCCUACAAUCUCUCCCGUUUAGCCCGAGAUCAAAAAGACGGUUCCACUUAUAUUGUAAACGUAAUUUAACACUUAAGAAGGUAAUAAACAAGAAAUUAAAACAAAAAGAGUACAAUUAUGAAGAGAUUUAGAGUCAGGAACAUUUUGAAGCUUUUCAAUAAAAUAAAAGUUUGUGUUUUAUCAUGUCCAAACAUCCUCGCUGACAUGCUCUCUUAAACACUCCUUUUUGUGUAUUUACUGAUGUUUAUGAUAAACAUCUUAAACACUCCUCCUUUUCGUAACUAAACAGUUCCUUUAUUUUCUCUCACAGGUUGGUAGUCGCCGCGUCGUCCAGUUUGGGGCCGUGAUAAUGAUUUUCCUAAGCAUUCUGGGAAAGUUUGGCGCACUCUUUGCAACGAUCCCAAACCCAAUAGUGGGCGGAGUAUUCAUGGUAAUGUUUGGAAUGAUCACGGCUGUCGGUAUAUCAAAUCUACAGUUUGUAGACUUGAAUUCUUCAAGAAAUCUCUUUAUCCUGGGGUUUUCAGUGGUUUUCGGUAUGGCACUACCCUAUUGGCUGUCUAAACCAGAGAAUAAGGGCAUAAUCAACACAGGUAAUUGGUCAAAGAUUUCCUUAUCUUUCAUGCAGCUGGGUUGAUACAUUUCGCUUCUCCCUGCGUGUUGCGUGACGACCCAAAUAAUAGUAAAAUGUUAAUGCUUUGUUUCUGGUGGAAAUAUACUUACCGUUCCUAACCUGCGUGACAGGCGCCGGUAGUGUUUUGGUAAGUUUUUUUUUCUAUCGCGAGAGGGGAACACGAGAAGGCGGAGGGAGGAGGAGGAGGAAGAGGCCUGGGUCAUUUACCAUUUACCUGGAAAAACCGGAAAUUCCCGUUGGAAAAUCAAGUGGUUCGGGUCAUUCCCUUUUCUGAAUCUUAAGAAUAAAGUUAUAUGAGCUGUGAUUUGAGGCGAUACGAUUUUUCUACUCUUUUUAAUCUGUUCAGCUGAUUUGGAUAUAACUUGUAGCGGUUCGUUCUCCCACCACGUCAAAGUUUAUGGUUUUUAUGUUUAAGCAAAAAAUUUCCACCCUUGUUUGUGUAAUUAGUAUGCGCGCUACAAUUUUUCAUGUGUGAUAUACUUAUUGUCCAUAGAAAUUACGUCAAAAUGCUCAAAACUUUCGACUGGAGUUUUGAACAUUUUAACGUCAUUUCUAUAGUCAGUAAAAGUAUAAGCCAUGGAAAAUUGUUGUCGAUUUGAUAAAUAGAUAAAACAUUGGCUUUGCUUCCGGAACACACUUUAAGCGCGACCAAAAUUCGCAAUUUCUACCCCUUAGUGAGGCGACCAUAUCUUUUUAUGUAUAUGUUGCAGUUAAUUUUUAUUUUUCUAUUGUUUUUGGGGGUAUGAUAAUGUAUGCUAACGAAUUUUCCCAGAAUUGCUCGCAAUAUAACAUCCGGGCCUUCUGUUUUUUUUUUCUAUUUAAUUAAAUAAUGAACUGUUUCUUGCUUUCUCACUACAGGUGAACCAGAGGUGGACCAAAUCAUAACCGUUCUUCUACGAACUAACAUGUUAAUUGGUGGAAUAACAGGUCUGAUUCUAGAUAACACAAUCCCUGGCUCGCUUGAAGAGCGAGGCAUGACGGUAUGGAGACAUGAUACAGAAGGUGAUCAGGAGGAUCUAAAUGUUUAUGAUCUGCCUUUUGGUUUAAGAAAGUUGAGCACUUACAAAUGCGCCAAGUACAUUCCCUUUCUUCCUUAUUACCCUGAAGAAAGCAACGACGCUGGUACAGUAGAACUGAAAAACGUUGUGCCAACAGAGCCAGAGAGUGACAAAAAUAAAGCAGUGUGAAAUAGAUUUAACAACAGAAAACUUUGAUUAUACGACUUUUAUUUGUAAAUUAGUAUAAGAACUUCCUUAAGGAGUACAUACACCAGCAAAAUCGUCAUUUUAAAGAUUUUUGUGUAAUCCUGCCUGAUACAUUGCUCAUCGACAAAGAACAUUGGCGUACGUGCUUUUACAGGUAUUCAAGGCGAAAAAUAAUGCUAAGUCUGGUAUCUGAGAUUUAGGGGCACCCAGCUUUAGUUCUUGUAGUAUGUCAUUGACUUUGUUUAGUGCUUUUAAGCAAGAGCCAUUACUGGCAAUCACCGCAAAAGCUUUGCUUAACCUGCAAAGACAAUUUCAGCAAAAUACCAUUUUUUCCAACCCAACCUUAAAAGAGACCUCUGUAAGCAUUUGUAAAGGACGGUUCACAAACCGCAGUAAAAUUAAGAAAACUGACAUUACCAAACAGUACUGCAAACGACCA